CUAUCCUCGGUGGAGAGCUCGUGUCGUCGCGUGUCGGCGCAUUUAUUUAUGGACCAGGCCUAGCUAGGGAGGCCUAGAGUAGACUACACUACAAAUAUUUAUUACGACUGUUUCAUUUAAUAAUGCUUCGUUAUCCUUUGACUUGUAUGUGUCGGAAUAUUCGUUCAUAUGCUCAAGUUAGGCAUUUUAAAAGUGCGUACAGCCUCGAAAAAUUAUAUCCGAACAGCAACACCGAUGAUAUUGCAGUAAGGUACAGCGCUGCGGAAGGUGGUGAAAAUGAACAGGAACAGUUCAGUGGUUAUAUACCUGUAGAUAAACUAUGUGUGAAACACAGCAAGAGUAGCGGGCCUGGUGGACAGAAUGUAAACAAAGUAAACAGUAAAGUGGAAGUACGUUUCAAUGUAGCAGAAUCAGAUUGGUUACCAAAGCAUAUACAAGAUAAACUUUUAGAAAAGAAAAAAACAAAAGUAACAGUCGCUGGUGAUUUUUACGUCACUUCAGAUAGAACACGUUCACAAAUGACAAACUUUGCUGAUUGUUUACAAAAGAUACGUGAUGCAAUAGCGGAAGUAACGAGAGAACCGAAGGAGCCGUCAGAUAAAGAUAAGGCUGUACUACGGAUGAGGGUUGAAAGAAAUCACCGGGAACGCCUGAAGGCUAAGAAAAUUCAUUCAUCAAAGAAGAUAGACCGCAAGAUAUAUGUAGAUUAGAUUUCAAACUUUGCAUUCAUGCUUGAACAAUUAAAGUAUUUAAAAUGAA